AUGCCAACAUCAAAAAAAGCUUAUAAGUAUUCUGUCGAAUUGAAUGUUAAUGUACUUGAUGCGCCUGGUGCUCGACUAACAACAAAAGGUGAUAUUUAUAUAAAUAUUUGUUUAUUGGGUGUACAUAAACGUACACGUUUAAUGCCACCUAAUUUUCCAAUGCAUAUUCAUGAAAAAUUUUAUUUUGAUAAAAUUUUUAGAUCAUGUUACAAUUCCCGGGAUAUUAUUCAACGACUUGCACGUGAACAUGCUCUUUUUGAAUUACUUCAAACUAAUGUUCCAUCACCAGUUAUUUUGGCAAGUUAUGAAACAAGUGCAAAAGAUUUUCUUUAUCCAUACUCAUAUGAUCGAGUACAAUAUACGGGUUUAAAUCGUUAUAUUCUUCUUAGUCGAACAGUUGAUUUUCCAGGAAUUGCUCCUAGUUUGGAAUUUACUGUUAGCCCAUCUAUUGAUGAUGUUACUGGAAUAUCAAAGAGUAUUAAAAAUCAUAAAUAUACACAACCUAUUGAUUCAUAUGGAAAAAGUCCGAAACGAACAAAAUCACCAAUAUGGAAACCAACAUCUACAUAUCCAAAUCGAUCUUCAUUGAACGACUCGGCUAAUGUAUCAAGUUCAGUAACAUCACAUACAAUAUCAUCAGCAGUAAAAGGUGAUUAUUCACAACCUCAAACAAAAGCAAAAUUACAAGAAUUAGCUAUACCAGGAGAAGUUAAACCUGUUGUUCUGCUUGAUAAAACAUUGGGACGAGAACCAUUUGUCGUGCGACAUGUCAAUGAGGAUUUGAUUGGUCGUAAACCUCUAUCUCAUAUUGUCUUUGAUGAUGGUCUAGUUGUUAAUGAUUAUUCAUUCUCUCGUGAUAAUAGUUACAUGUCAUUGUAUUCACUAAAUGAUGGUUACAAUUAUUCUCGAUCGGUUUCUCCAGCUAAUCGUCGUAGAAGUGGUUCAAGAGGGGCACGAGUUCGGUCAACAUCACCAUCGCGUCGUUCAGCAAGAACAUCUCAGUCUGUUGAUUUUGAGCGUCAAGGACGUUCACGAACACCUGAACGACGUUCUAGAUUACGUCCGGCAACAACAUAUUCUUAUAAUGAUUAUGAUUCUCAACAUACAGAUGAUGAUUGUGCUAUAUGUCGAUUACAUCGUGCUCAUAGUGAACGAAGUCGAAGAGCAAAAUCUUUAGAACAGCAACGCUUUACUACAACUUCAAAACAUAAAUUAUAUUCACCGGCUGUCUACUCCAAUACUACAUCGCCUUAUUUAACGAGUACAACAUUACUUCGAGAUCCAUUUCGUUAUCGUCAUCGACAAUCGCCAGCAGGCGAACUAAGUGACAAGAUUCUUCAUACUCUUCGACAUAAUCUUGAUUCUUAUAGUGCUCAACCGUGGCAUAACUAUUAUUCUUCUUUUCGUUAUUCGGAUGGACAUAUGGAUGAUGAUGAAUUACUUGAACGAAGUCGUCGACUCACACAAGAUUAA